ACUUUUUUUUCUUUCUAGUGCUUUUCCUUAGGUGACAAGUUUUGAAUUUUACGCAUUGCUUCCUUCAACAUUCAUAUUCACAUUCAUUCCUCGAUCAAACCCUAAACUUCAAAUCCAAAGUUUCUGCUUCAGCAAUUCGAUUGAAACUCGCUGGUUCGAAGCUUGAUUUACUCUUGAAAGUCGACAAUGGCGGCUUCUCAAGCGCAGUUGGACAAGAUGCAGCUACGUCAGAACUACAGGAACGUUUGGCACACUGAUCUCAUGAGCACCAUCGCUGCCGAUACUCCUUAUUGCUGCUUUUCGCUCUUCUGUGGACCAUGUGUAUCAUACUUGCUUCGUAAGAGAGCUCUCUACAAUGAUAUGUCAAGAUACACAUGCUGUGCUGGAUACAUGCCCUGCAGUGGAAAGUGUGGAGAAAGUAAAUGUCCUGAAUUAUGCCUUUGCACAGAGGUCUUCUUAUGCUUUGGGAAUUCAGUAGCCUCAACUCGCUUUUUGUUGCAAGAUGAAUUCAACAUACAAACAACUCAAUGUGAUAACUGCAUCAUUGGUUUCAUGUUUUGCCUUCAACAACUCGCAUGCAUAUGCUCCAUUGUUGCUUGCCUUGUUGGAAAUGAAGAACUUAGUGAUGCAUCUCAGGCGCUCAAUUGCUUAGCUGACAUGGUUUACUGCACGGUUUGUGCGUGCAUGCAGACACAACACAAAGUUGAAAUGGAUAAAAGAGAUGGAAAGUUUGGACCACAACCAAUGGCAGUUCCACCUGCCCAACAAAUGUCAAGGUUUGACCAGCCAUAUCCGCCCAAUGUUGGACACGGGCAACCACCACCUUACGGUGGACCUCCUCCACCUGCCGCCUAUCCUCCACCGGGGUAUCCAGCUCCAGGUUACCAGAGGUAAAUGUCUUAACAUGUGUGGAUGAGUGGACCUUUCAUUCUUUAAUAUUCAACUUUUGGUUGCUGAGGGUAUAUUUGUAAAUGAAUAAAGUUUGUGUAUAUUCAAAAAUUAGAACAUGGUUUGUGAAAGUAUAUUCGUUACUAUAAUAUGAGGUCUAUGACUGAUUUUUCAACUAAAUAACAC